GUAUUCUCAGAUGUCACUCAAGAUUUCCUCCACUCGACUCAACCUUGGUUGAGGAUUUUUGGUAUUCAUAGUUGACAUUUACGUCCUCGACUUAUGGUUCUUCCUCACUGGAGGUGAGUAAAAAUUGAGGAAUGAACUGUCAAAUGUAAGGUACCUCGUGACCUACCUUAAGGACUACUCAACGCUUGAAAUCCGUGCGAACGCUUGUUGUGACGAUACUUUUUAUAUUACAAACUUCGAUUUUUGUUAUUAAAAUGAGUGAUAGUGACUUAUAUAGUGACUUUGAAGAGUUUAUGGAUUAUGUUUAUGAUAAUCCUUACGAUUAUCCGGCGCGGAAAUAUAUCAGAGACGCUCAAAACCCUUUGGAAUGUUACGACGAAGAACAAUUUCAAAAACGCUUUCGAUUUAGGAAAGAUACCGUUGUUCAUAUGAUAUUGCCACUGAUUGGAUUGCAAUCAAAUGUAACCAACAAAGGGUUACCUUUACCACCCAUAUUGCAACUACUCAUAGCGUUAAGAUUUUAUGCUACAGGAAACUUCCAGAUUGUUUGCGGAGACCUGCAUAAGAUCAGUCAGCCAGUUGUAUCUAAAAUCGUGGCUAAGCUAUCGAAAAUAUUAGCAAUGAAAGUAGUUGAGUUUAUCAAGUUCCCUGGAGCACACGAGAGAGCCAACGUGAAGAGAGCAUUUUACCAACGUGCUCAAUUCCCAGGGGUAAUCGGGUGCAUUGACUGCACUCACGUACCAAUUAAAAAUCCGAGUCGGGAAAAUGGAGAACUUUUCAGAAAUAGAAAAGGUGAGUUCUCUAUAAAUGUACAACUAAUAUGCGGGCCACAAAUGUUGAUUUACGACAUUGUGGCAAGGUGGCCAGGAUCUGCCCAUGAUUCCCGCAUAUUCAGCAACAGCCGUUGUAGUAUGCGCUUUGAAGAAGGGGAUUUAGUAGGUGCUGGCAUACUUUUAGGGGACAGUGGAUAUGCACAGUCGUCUUACACGUAUACUCCCGUGCUAAAUCCACAAACACCAGCUCAGGAGCGCUACAACAGAUCCCAUAUCAGUACUAGAAAUAUUAUAGAAAGGCUGAAUGGUGUCCUGAAAAGAAGAUUUGCUUGUUUAAGCAGGAAGCUUCAGAACAAAAUAAAAAAUGUCCCUAACAUCAUCGUGGCAUGUGCUGUAUUGCACAAUAUCAGUGUUAACACUAACCAAGAAAUGCCAGAACCCUUGAGGUCAAGGAUAGACCCACCAACACCUGUUCCAGACAAUGAACGAGGUAGUAUUAUAAGAGCUAGUUUAAUCGCAAGACAUUUUAGUUAA